CCUGGUUCUUAUCGGUAGCAGCAGAGGGGACGUUUAAAGCUAUAUAUAUUCAUUUGCUUCAGUAUCACAUAGCAAAGUGACAAAAAUUCAACAUCUGAAGUCUGCGUGUUAGAAAAUUUCUCAGUUUUAUCGGUGACAGUGUCGUAAAGUAGUGCUAAAACUAAACAGUUUCAGUGGACAUUUUAUUAUUUAAAAAGAGACACAAUACUAUGAAUGGUCGAUUAUGAAAUAUUUUUUGAAGUUAUUACUAUACAAUCUAUAUACCCUCGUCUGGUCAAGAAAAAGGAAAAGACUGAAGUUGGUGUGAGAUUCGAAGAAAAUCGCUUUAGUUCCUAAUUCUUUACUUAAUUUAUUGUUUCGCGCCUACAGUACAACUUAUUUAUUUAUUUGUUAACAAUUUUGUUUCGUGUACAUAGCAUAGAGUUUAUAUAAUUUUUAUUUAAAUUAACGAUAAUUAUGAAGGACCUUUCAUAAAAGUUUUAUAUCGAUAAUAAUUUAUUCUACGUCAGCAGUUUAUUCUAAAAAUAAUCGACCGCAGAAAAUAUGAACGGAAACGCGAAAAACGGCGCCCUUCAUCACACCAGGUACUCCCAAGUGCUGGACCACGAAAACGGCAACAUUCCUCACGCGAAAAAAGAGGGUCUCUUUGGUACCAGGCAUUUCGUUACUUUCAUGCUGUUCCUUGGUAUGGCCAACGCCUAUAUCAUGAGAACCAAUAUGUCGGUAGCCAUAGUCGCUAUGGUGAACCAUACAGCAGUGGCGGCUCGUCAUAACGCAUCCACGGAAUCUAAUGCCAUAGAUUUGGAGUGCGGGAUUGUGGAAGUUUCUAGAAACUAUUCCGAGCCAGACGGUGAGUUUGACUGGGACACUGACGUCCAGGGCUACGUUUUGAGUUCCUUCUUCUACGGCUACGUCAUCACGCAGAUCCCGUUCGGCAUCCUGGCUAAGAAGUACGGCAACAUCUACUUUUUGGGCAUCGGGAUGCUGAUCAACUCGGUCUUCGGUCUUCUGGUGCCGCUUUCCGCGCAAUGGGGCAUCUACUGGCUGGCCGCGGUCAGGUUUAUCCAAGGACUCGGCGAGGGCCCUAUUGUCCCAUGUACACACGCACUACUGGCAAAAUGGAUUCCCCCUAACGAGAGAAGCAGAUUGGGUGCUUUCGUUUACGCAGGAGCCCAAUUCGGUACGGUUAUUUCCAUGCCGUUGAGCGGACUUCUCAGCGUCUCCACUGGAGGCUGGCCUUCGAUUUUCUACGUUUUUGGGGCCGUCGGUACCGUAUGGUGCGUGGCUUUCCUAUUUUUGGUCAGCGAGGACCCAGAGUCCAGCAAAAAGAUCACCAUGGACGAAAGGAAGUACAUCCAGAACGCGCUAGGAGCCAUUGUGGGGCAAGACAUACCACCAAUCCCUUGGAAGUCCAUCUUCAAGUCCCUUCCAUUCUGGGCUAUCCUCUUGGCCCACAUGGGUCACAAUUACGGGUACGAAACCCUGAUGACCGAGUUGCCUACCUACAUGAAACAAGUCCUGCACUUCAGUAUUAAAGAUAACGGAAUUUUAUCCGCCCUUCCGUAUCUAGCCAUGUGGAUUUUCUCAAUUUUCAUAAGUCAUGUGGCCGAUUGGAUGUUAACAAAACCUUAUUUUACUCAUACGGUUGUUAGAAAAAUUAUUAACGGAAUUGGUCAAUACGGUCCAGCCAUCGCAUUGGUGGCCGCAUCUUUCACAGGCUGUGAUAGGUGGUUGACUGUGGCUCUGGUCACGAUUGGCGUCGGCCUGAACGGCGGCAUCUACUCGGGCUUCAAGGUCAACCAUUUGGACAUCUCGCCGCAAUACGCGGGCAUCCUGAUGUCCAUCACCAAUUGCCUGGCCAACCUGGCCGGGCUUUUGGCCCCCAUAUACGCUGGUUACAUGGUCAAGGGAGGACCAACCAUCGCCAAAUGGAGGGUGGUGUUUAUAACAGCUGCUGCAGUCUAUGCAGUUUGUUGUACGAUUUACAUUUUCUUCGGUUCUGGCGUCAGGCAGAAAUGGGACAAACCCGCCGAACAAGUGAACAACAAGAACAAAAACGAAGAGCCUCCUGUUGUCACAACACAAACAUGAAUGCACGUCUUAAAAAAUAGUGUCUUAUUAAAAAAAAACUAUUUUAUAUGCUGAUUCUACCUACUCGUGAUGAAGUCACGGAUUCAGGGAACAAAAAGGAAAAUCAGCGUGUAAUUUUUAUAUUAGGGCGUUUAUGAAUGAAUUUAGUUUUAUUCACUUAACGCGCCAAGUACCAGUGUAUAUAUUUUUAUAAGUAGUUAGGAUUACAGUGCCUUAUAGUGAUACUUUAUUAAUAUGAUAAUUUUGUUUUUAUUUAUUACCAUAUAAAAGAAUUUGAUUAAACUUUUUCAAGUAAUA